AUGGGCUUUCAAAUUGGUUGGUAUUUUAACUUUGUUUCUCUUUUUAGAUGUCGAGCAUAUGAAGACUGCUGUGGAUCCAGGUGCUGUGUACGAGCCCUUUCCAUUCAGAGACUAUGGUAUUUCUGGUUCCUGUUGAUGAUGGGAGUUCUGUUUUGUUGUGGAGCCGGGUUCUUCAUAAGAAGGAGAAUGUACCCUCCCCUGCUUGUUGAAGAGCCAACAUUUAAUGUAUCGUACACAAGGCAAACUCCUGGGCCUCCACCAGGACCUCAGCAGCCAGGGAUGCCCUACUACUCAGAUCCAGGAGGAAUCCCAACUCCUGCUCCCUCUUUUCACAUGCAGCCGAACUCACCACAAGGGAACCCAGCAUUUCCACCUCCCCCUUCUUACUACAACACACCUCCACCACCCUACGAGCAAGUGGUGAAGUCUUGCAAAUGA